AUGCAGGGUCCUGAUGAAAAGCUGCUGAUGUACGUCACUCGAAUGCAGAAUUUGUUCCAGAAGCUAACAUACAGUAGACCAACCGAAACGGAACAAAUCCGAAUCAUCAGGCAGAGGCUGUUACCGACCCUACAACAGGCCUUAGCAUUCCAGGAGACAAACACCUACGAUGAGCUCCUGCGAAAAGGAAAGGUUUUCGAGUUAGUACAGUGGCAAAUGAGCCAGUACACCAGGCCACCGUCGAAACCAGGUCUUCUUGACGAGCCCCACCUGACGUAUCGUCCGGUCCAACAAAACCGACAACAGGCCAGUUUCUCCUUGGACACCGAAAACAUAUCAGGAAACUCAGAACCACCAGUACCAGUAGGUCACAACAGACCACAAACACCGCCGUCACCGCCUAGAAACACCCAGCCAAGACCGGAUCGACCAACGGCACGAGUCGACAAGCAAAAUACAGGUUCACCCAACCGAGCUCCAUCACCUACACCAACACGACGAUCAAACCAACAAGGAGACCGACAGGAAACACAAGGAAACCGGACUGACCCACCGACAAGGAAAGUAUCUUUCCAAACACAGUGUUUCCGAUGUGAGGAAAAACAUUCGCUCAAGCGAUUGUCCAUGCGGCCCGGAAAACUAAAGGGAGGUAUGGAGAAGGGGUCGACCAUAUCUCCGGGGACGCUGACUCCUAUGGCAUCGACUGUGUGUAACGACAACCGUCCGCUGGUGGAAGUAAAAGUAGCCGGGAAGCGCUACAAUGCACUGAUUGACACCGGAGCCACGAGGAGUUUCAUCAGUCAGAAAGUGGCAGAACAAUGUGAAUGUCAACCAGCAAAUAAAUCAAAUGGGGAAAGGGAAAAGAAAACACAGAUUAUAAGGCCUGCAUUGAACAUGAGCUAUUUGAAUUCAAAUUCUACAAUUACUUCAGCUUCAUUAUCCCAAGAUUGUUCUGCUUAUAUACCUGAUUUGAGUGGGAGCAUCGAUUUCUCAGCCAAUACAAUCAACAUCUCAAAUGCUGUCGAAAACCCUACGACAGAUACUUCAACGGACUUCGAGAAGUCUCUUCUGGUGAAUAAACCUGGACACAGUGCUCCAGAUGACAAUAUCAUGUACGUGAAUACGGUAGAGUCAGGAAGAAAAAAAGAUUAUUGUAUCUUCUGUCGAACUGAGCAGGCCAAACUGAGUCGGCAUUUGAUAAGAAAACACAAAAAUGAAGAAAAAAUAAGAGAAAUUCUUAGUCACGAAAUAGGAAGCAAGAGAAGAAAGGAAUUAUUUGCAGCGAUUCGUAAGAAUGGCCAAUUCUUCUUCAAUACGAGUGAAAUGGUAAAUACUGGCGAGCGUAAAGUAGCCAGACGUCCGAAUGCAAAAUAUAAUAAAAAGGCCGUUGAUUUCGUGACUUGCCCCUCUUGCUGUGGCGAUUAUGCCAAAUCAGCAUUCAGAAGGCAUUUCCAGCGGUGUGAUAAAUCUGGAAUCAAGAAUAAGAGGAAUAAUUUAAUAAAAUCUAGACAAAUAGUAGGAAGGAUCCAUAGAAGCGCCAGCGACAUCCUAAGGAAAAGGGUGUUUCCGACAUUGACUGAGGAUGAUGUCUCAAAAGAAAUCAGAUAUGAUGAGUUGGUCAUUUUAUUUGGAAACAAGUUAUGCCAAAAAUAUAAGGACCCUCAUUUUUACGACAUGAUUAGACAGAAACUCCGCCAACUAGGACGUUUUCUAAUAGAAAUAAAAAAGAUUAAUGAUGACGUAGAUUAUUUGUUCGAUGUCUAUUACCCAAAGAAUUAUGAUUCGGCAAUAACUGCUGUGCAGAACUUGGCUGGAAUGAACGAAUCAGGUAUCGAAGGAAGACAUUUUGAAGCUUCAAACCUAUGUGCGUGA